UUUCUUUUCAUUUUGAGCGAAUCUACAUCCGUCACCCGCCACCUCAAUAUAAACGGAGCAAUUUUUCCUUUUUUUUAUUAUUUCCUUCUCACUUUCCGUUUGGACGAGUCUUAUUUGGCUCUCUCGCCGUCCCAACUUUCCGACCCUAAUUCCGAUCAGGGUUUGAAUCAUACUUCAUCCGUGUCUCUGUUUGGUUUGUCGAAGCAGAAUGAGUCAAAAAGGGAGGAAACAUACUAAAAGGAAAACUUUUUACGAGGGAAAGCUAUUCCCUUUUCCUCAACACAUCCUGAAAACCAAAGUGAGGGUUUUUUGUGUACUGUAUAACAAGAUCGCAAUGUAGAGAGCGGUGUAGUCGAGCAUUGGGCAGCUUUUUUUAAAUUGAAGCUGGUCAUCCACUGUCCGAACAGCCAAUCAAUUUAGUGUUUGCAUAUGCAUAAUGAAACUGAUUUAUUGGGAUGAAAAUGCCACCGAUUUGUGCUCUUUUUCUUUUCCAUUUUUUAUUUUUUGUGAGAAAAACUUAAUGAACUCAUGCAAGGGGGAUAUUUGGAAUAAAGGGUUCCAAGUAAGUUGGAAAAAAAUCACUAGGCUCGAGUGGUAAAAGGCCUUGGUCUUGGUGUAUGCUCCCUCCAAGGUCCAAAGUUCGAAUCCAACUAGGUGCAAACAAUUUUAUAGGGGCCAUCAGACUGGGGGUUUUCCCCUUGAAUUACCCGAGAUAUACUCGUGGGAAACUUCUUAUCCUCGCCAGUGCACCCCGGGAUUAGUCGGGACGCUAUUCCUGGACACCCGGUGCCAAGAAAUAAAUAAAUAAAUAAGUUGGAAAAAGCUAUGGGACAUCAUAUCAUAAGAGGAAAAUGCAAUGGACAAUGAAGUUGGUCAUAAUCCAAAGCAGGAACGUUCAAGGACAAGGUGGACAGCAUCCCUCGAUAAGCUAUUUGCAGACUUGGUUGUGAAGCAGAUUCAACUGGGUAACAGACCAAACAAUGUUUUUGACAAGAAAACAUGGAAUCUCAUUCGUGAGGAAUUUAAUGAGCAAACAGAUCUCAACUUCAAUAACAAUCAAUUAAGGAAGCACCUGGAUGUUCUGCGGACACGCUUCUAUAAUCUGAAGUCAGCUUCUGAUCAAAAUAAUGACUAUGCUUUGGAUUGUUGCAUUGGGUUUGAUCUGUGGGAAGACAUCAGGGCACAGACUAGGCCUGAAAUGAGCAGAGUCAAGGACAGCCCCAUAUAUGAGCAGCUAUGUGCAAUUUUCACAGAUUCAGCAGCUGAAGGGAAAUAUGCACAAUCCAGUCACUAUGAAGAGCUGGACAAGUCUGCUCGAAUGGAUUCUGCUAGACUAAUUUCAUGUCAAGAUGGUGGAAUCUCAUGUUCUACGAAUCCAUCAUCAUCAAUACAUGUGCAAGGCAACAUGUCAUCAGCAGAAAAGGUAAUAAAAAAUAUUGCACAGAGAAAAAGGAAAGUUCCAUCUGAGACACAUUCUUUCUUGGGUCAGAGGAGAAGGGAUCAAGAAAUCUAUGAUACUAUGGCAGAAGCCUUGUCAGAAAUGAUUGCUGCUUUGAAGUCGAGGGCAGUUGCAACAACAACAGGUGACGAUCAAUUUAGUAUCACUAGUUGCAUUAGGGCACUGGAUGAGAUACAGGACAUUGAGGAACGGCUCUAUUUUGCUGCACUGGACCUAUUUGAGGACCCCAGUUUAAGGGAGACAUUCAUAUCUCUGAAAGGUGACAAGAUCCGGCUGGCAUGGUUGCGGGGCAAGUGUGGUAAAACAACCUACGGUUAGUUCAGGGACUGCAUGACUUUUUGGCUAAGUGGGGAAUGUAAAUGUCACCUUCACUAAUUUUGCUCUAGCGAACUAGGUUGUUCGUAUCAUUUCUUCCAUUUUUAGGUUGAAAUGGUUCUUUUUUAAUGCUGUUAUCCUCUUUACUGACGUAGUUUUGUUCAUAAUUGUUUUCUUGAUUCAUGGAUAAGAUGAUGAUGCAGUGAGCGUUUUAUAUCCUAUUUAUGUAUAGAAUUGGAUGCGU